AUGAAGACCAAUAAUAACCCCUUUAGUUCUCUUGUUGUUCUCCGUGAUUCUGAGACUCAUGUAGAACAUAAUGCGACUCCACUAGUGGUACAAGAUUUUCGUCCUGUCUUGGGCAAGAAAAAGCUAUGGGAUUCUAAAGGGAAGGGUCAAGUGGUUUCUACUGUGACAAGAGAGGAGACUCCCAAUAUUGCUUUAGAUUCCUAUGUGAGAUCUAAUGGGCCUGCUGUGCAAAGUUCAGUUUUAAAAAUUAGAGGGGUUUCGAGUGGAUCAGAGGGAUCUUCUAGAAAAGCUGCUGCACAAGAUGACCAUGUAGUUGUUCAAGGGAAUAAUAGAACGAAUCAGUCAAAGACUUGGGUUGUUUCUAACCCGAAAUUGGGUGCUGCUUCUUCUAAUUUUCUGAGAGCUUUUAAGGAAUAUAAUCGUAUCUAUAAGCCUAAGAUUUUUUGUUUGGUUGAGCCUCGAAUUUCUGGCCAUUCAGCUGAUAAUGUUUGUAAACAGCUAGGUUAUGAUAAUUGGGUUCGUGUCGAGACUUUUGGUUUUAGUGGGGGCAUCUGGAUUUUAUGGUCAGAAACGUUUUUUAAGUUAACGCUUGUGUCAACAAAUCCGCAAUUUGUUACAUGCAAUGUGUUACUUGAUAAUGGGGACUCGUGGUUAGUAAGUUUUGUGUAUGCCAGCCCUGACAUUAGUUUACGAAGACGUUUGUGGCAUUCGGUUCUGGGUUUCAAUGGAAGUGAGAAAAGUUGGUUACUGUUAGGCGAUUUCAAUUCUUUUACGAGUGAGAAUGAACAAACCGGCUAUGUUAAUGUUCACAAUAUUGGGGCUAGUGAUUUUCAGCGAUGGAUUUUUGAUAACUCACUUAUUGAUUUGGGUUUUGAAGGUACUUCUUUUACUUGGAGUGAGGAUGAUAUUAAUUCUUCUUAUAAAGCUGCUCGAUUAGACCGUUGCUUGUGUACUGAGAUUUGGCGUAUGACAUUUUCUAGAGCUACAAUUAUUCAUGCUCCAAAGUUGCAUUUUAAUCAUUGUCCUAUUUUUAUGAAUUGCUUUGGAGUCACAAAUUCUUUUGUUCGUCGUUUUCAUUUUCAAGCGGCUUGGACAGCUCACAAAGAUUUUGUUGAUGUUGUUUUCCGUGGCUGGAAGCAAAAUACUUCUUUAUUUCAUAAUUUAAAAUCAACCAAAGGCUCAUUAAGCCAGUGGAACCGAUCUGAGUUUGGGAAUAUUUUUCAUAAUAAGCAGAGGUUGAUCCGUCGAAUUGAUGGUGUUCAAAAAAGCUUAGCUAUCCGGCGAACGAGAGGUUUAGUGAAACUAGAAUUUAAUCUGAGACGACAGUUUCAAGAUGUUUUGAAACAGGAAGAAUUGUACUGGUUUCAACAAUCUAGGGAGGAAUGGAUUGUUUCUGAUUCUAGUCAACUUAAAGAGCUUGCUAGUGGUUACUAUCAGGAGCUAUAUUCGAAAGAUUUGGCGGUUGACUGCAGCCAUUUUGUUAGACCUGAUGGGCCUGCUCUUUCUUCUUCUCAAUGGUUGCUUCUGGAUCGUCCUUUUUCUCAUGAUGAAGUAUAUGAUGCUUUGCGCCUUAUGUCUCCUUACAAGGCUCCAGGACCCAACGGUCUACAAGCAGUUUUCUUUCAGAAAUCUUGGUCUGCGGUUGGUUCACAGGUUUCUGCGUUUAUUAUUGAGGUCUUGGGCGGGAGGGAGUUUCCAGAUGAAGUUAAUGAAACAGUGCUGACUCUUAUUCCUAAAAUUGUUUGUCCAGAAUUUAUUUCUCAGUUCAGACCAAUUAGCUUAUGUAACGUGCUCUAUAAGCUUGUUACAAAAGUGUUGAUUAACAGACUGAAAGAUGUUUUGAGCUCUCUCAUUGGAUUGGAACAAAGUAGCUUCGUUCCUGGCCGACAAAUUAUUGAUAACAUUGUGGUGUUUCAAGAAGUUUUGCAUACUAUGAGAACGUUUAAGCGAUCAGGGAGUUUUAUGGCGAUUAAAAUUGAUCUUGAAAAAGCUUAUGAUAGACUAAAUUGGGAUUUUAUUCAGUGGGUGCUGGGUUCUUACCACUUUUCCGAUGCUUGGAUUUCUAAUAUUAUGAAUUGUAUUAGAACAUCUUCUAUGUCAGUGUUAUGGAAUGGUGAGAAGUUAGAAUCUUUUAAAUCGACUCGUGGUGUGCGACAAGGCGAUCCAAUGUCUUCAUAUCUUUUUGUUAUGUGUAUUGAACAACUUUCGAGAAUGUUUAAACAGCUUGUUCGUCAAUGCAGAUGGAAGUCGAUUCCUAUCUCGAGUAAUGGUCCGAUGAUUUCUCAUCUUAUGUUCGCGGAUGAUAUGGUUUUGUUCGCAGAAGCUUCUGUGGAACAGUCGGAUUUGAUUUUAUCAUGUUUGGAUGACUUUGCUAAGGCUUCCGGGCAGAAAGUGAAUUUAGCUAAGUCUUCUCUUUAUUUGUCGCCUUUUGUUGAUAGUGAUUUAGCGUCACUUUUGUCUUCAAGGUCAGGUAUUCCUUUGACUGCUGAUUUGAGAAAAUACUUGGGUGUGCCAUCUAUUCAUGGUAGGAUUUCAGUCUCGACAUAUGGCAGUAUUUUGGAUAAAAUGAGAGGCAAACUUGAUGGCUGGAAGGCGAGAGCUCUCAAAAGCUGGACGACUAACAGUGCUCUUUUACCAAUAUCGCUUUGCAAUGAAAUGGAGAAAAUAUGCAAGACCUUUAUUUGGCAUGGGAAGGAUAUGAAGCCAGCUGUACAUCUGAUUAAUUGGGAUACAAUGUCCUUGCCGAAGCGGUUAGGUGGUCUUGGCAUCAGAAAUAUGCGACAAAUGAAUCAAGCUCUAUUAGGAAAGUUGUGUUGGCGAGCUUAUAAGAAUCCGCAAGCUUUGUGGGUUAGGUGUCUUUUCAAUAAAUAUGAGUCAGGGGUAGUUGUAGAUGUGAAUAAUGGGAUGCACACUAGAUUUUGGCUGGAUGAUUGGCUUCCGGUUGGGCCUCUUUGGAAUUUUGCACUUAAACCGUUGAUUGAGUUGAAUAUGCAGGCUGGGUCUGGACCGACAGACCGGUCUUUGAAGUAUGUUGGGUGGAAGCCGCCAGAAACAGGCUGGGUGGUAGUGAAUUUCGAUGGUAGUGCAUUAUUGUCAGUAGGAAGAGCAAGUUGUGCAGUAUUAGCAUGGGAUUCAGGGUGGAAGAAGAUUGAAGUUCAAACGGAUUCUCAACUCGCGUUAGAUUUACUUACAGAUAGAGGUGCAUAA